GGAUUCUCUCCCACUGAACAUACUCAAGGACAUCAGCACAGAGAUCUAAACUAUUACUGUGUAUCAAAUCCAGUCCCUAAAAUGGAAGAAGACAAAAGUCAAAGUUUAGAGGAAGAUUUUGAUGGAGAGGCUACACAUACAGGACCCAAAGGAGUAAUAAAUGAUUGGAGAAAGUUUAAGUUAGAGAGUGAAGAUGAUGAUUCAGUUCCACCUAUCAAGAAGGAGAUUCUCAGACAAAUGUCUUCUCCCCAGAAUAAAGAUGACAAAGAUACAAAAGACAGAGUCAGCAGAAAGAUGAGCAUUCAAGAAUAUGAAUUAAUCCAUCAGGACAAAGAGGAUGAAAACUGCCUUCGUAAAUAUCGUAGACAGUGUAUGCAGGAUAUGCACCAGAAGUUGAGUUUUGGGCCUAGGUAUGGGUUUGUGUAUGAGCUGGAAAAUGGGGAGCAGUUCCUGGAAACAAUUGAAAAGGAGCAAAAGAUCACUACCAUCGUGGUUCACAUUUAUGAAGAUGGUAUUAAGGGCUGUGAUACUCUAAACAAUAGUUUAGCAUGCCUUGCUGCAGAAUACCCCAUAGUCAAAUUUUGCAAAAUAAAAGCUUCUAAUACAGGCGCUGGAGACCGCUUUUCCUCAGAUGUACUCCCUACGCUGCUCGUCUACAAAGGUGGGGAACUCAUAAGCAAUUUUAUCAGUGUUGCUGAACAGUUUGCUGAAGAAUUUUUUGCUGGGGAUGUGGAGUCUUUCCUAAAUGAAUAUGGGUUACUGCCUGAAAGAGAGGUACAUGCCCUAGAGCAGACCAACAUGGAAGAAGAAGAUAUUGAAUAAAAGAUUCACUAUGUCAAUAUCUCGUGUUUGUCCUUUAUGCAUUGAACAUUGAUUUUGGUAGUAUCCAUAUUCCUUUAGAGAAGACCAAGUAUGGCCAUGGCUAUUCAAUUUUGACAGGAAAGAUUGACACUACAACUAUGUUAUUAGCAUUUCUUAGUUUUAGUUGUUCAAACCGUUAAAAUGCUUUACUACAAAAAAAAAGUUGUCUUCAGCAACAUUGUUGAUAGACAAAGAGGAUAUGGAUAACAUUGUGACAUUUUUCAAAAAUUCCUUUCAAGUUAUAUGUUGGCUUUUUUAUUCCUUUUUUCCUCCUUGGUGUUAUUAUCUGGGCUUUUCAAAUCAUAUUAUUAAGUAUAAUUUUACUUCUGUAAUAAAAAUAAAAUCUCAUGAGGAAAUAAAUGUUCUAUUUGAAGU